AUGCUCUGCUACAGGCUUGCAACGAGACAGCAGAAGAUCGUCAAGUGGACCUCUGUGGCAACCAUAUUAGGCUAUGUUGGAGUGAUUGUUGUCAUAUGGAGCCACUGCACUCCAGUCCAAAGGAAUUGGCAGGUCGUUCCCUACCCAGGAGACGAGUGCACACUGGCCGUGGCCAACUAUUUGAGCUUGGUUGUGCUCAACAUAUCUACGGAUAUGCUCAUUGUCUCAAUACCCUUGCCUCUGCUCUGGGCGGUCAAACUCAGUCUCAAGAGAAAGUUCGCUAUUGGCCUACUGCUCUGCUCGGGCGUUUUCGUAAUGAUUGCAGCUCUUCUUCGUUGCAUAUUAUCGUUGAAGGACAUCGAAGGUAUCAAUGUCAGCACAAUUUGGGCCAUCAGAGAAACAGUUUGUCAACCCUUUACCACUUUUCAUCGAUUGAUAGGAAAAGCCAUUAUCGUCAGAUUCGCUCACAGGCUAACUCUGGCCCCUACUUCACAGUUCGUCGGAAUCAUUGCGGUCAACGCAGCAUGCAUAAGACCUCUUUUCUCCUCCGCGCACUGGCUGAGGUCUACGAAGGGUAGCAGCGGCAAUAACCAGAAGUACACCGGGUCCGGUGACAAGUAUGGCCAUCAGCUCGUUACCAUAGGAGGCGGGGGACAGAGCGUUGAUCGAUCGGGCUUACCUUCCAAGCGGCGAUACAACAAGUACAACAUGACGGAGCUGGACAACAACUCUAGCGAGGAGCAGAUCGUCAAGUCUACCGAGUCAACCAAGUGGCCUCAGAACGGCGGCCGUGGUGGUAGCCUCACCAGCAAGUCGAGUGGACAACAUGGAGGAAUUAUUGUGACCACAACGUAUGAGGUGAAGCCAGAAAACAAAGUUUGA